AGGCUCUGCUCAGAAUGAGGCUCUGCACAGCCUUCUCUUGGGCAUUGCUGUUCAGUACAGCUACGAUUGUCUCAGCCCAAUGGACUGAAGCGGAUGUUGACUGUGGGGGCCACAUCACAGAUGGCAGUGGUCACAUCGCCGCCUAUGCUGGGGAAAACACCGAAUGUGUCUGGGUCAUUGAGAAUGAGCCUCCAGUAAAAGUAUCUUUGAUCCUGUACUACUUUAAGUUCGAAGGUGCUCCCCACGACUGUGAGAAAGAGUACGUGGAACUCCUGGAUGGACCUCUGGGGUCUCCGUCCCUUGGCAGGAUUUGUGAAUCCUACACUGAAUUCUAUUCGUCUUCUUCCAACAUCAUGACCAUCAAGUACUCCCGAGUACCCAGCCAACCACCGACUCUAUUUCACAUAGGUUACGAUCGUAUCACUUACAGACGCUAG